UGAAAUUUUAUCAAGUCCAAACCCUUGGAACACUACUUCAGUGGGGUUUCAAGUGUUUUACCGUUUUAGUUUUGCUGUGUGACAUUUGUUUCUCUGCCAAAAGGAAUUCUCUGAGACUCUUAUCAUAUUUUAUCUCUGCUGUUUCCGCAACUUUGCAGGGCUUGGAAGGUCUUUGAUUGGUUGCCUCCAAUUUUCAUGGUUCACACUGUCAUCUGGAUCUACCUCUGGUUGUGAUGAAAUUGGGAAGGUGAACUUUAACAAAGAGGAUGGCAACUGAGAGUCUCAUGAGAAUGGUGGAAGGCAGCCAAACUAGUCAAUGGCUUUCGUCAAAGGAUAUUCCAGCAUUUGGAUCUUUCUGGAGAAAUAAAUCAACAGAGGAACUGGACAUUUUCUUGAAGGGACAAAAGCUCAGUCAAUGCCAAGCAGACUUCACUCCUAAUCGAAGUGGUAGUGCUCCACCUAGUAUGGAGGGCUCAGUUGCAGCAGUUGGCAAUAUGUUACCUGUGAAGGAUUCUAGUCUGGUUUCCAAUUCACGAAGAUUGAGCAAUGCUCUUGGGGAUCACAAGUCUGAAGGAGAGCUAUUUGAUCCUUCUAAUGUUGCAUGUUGCUUGUUGGAGCUCAACUUGGAUCCCAAGCUUCCUAAUCAAUUUAGCAAUCAUGAAAAAAAUCAAGGCAUUGCUGAUUCAGAUGAUGGAGGCAUGGUUGACCCUUAUACUAUUGAGGCUGCCAACAUAAAAGGUUCAUCAAAGCUAGCUUCAGAAAGCCUGUUCAAUCCCAAUAGCAUGCCUAACCCUGGGAAUAAUGCAGUCCUAUCAGCUAGUCUUCACAAAAGCUUGGUGGAUUUAAUACAGGAAGACUUCCCCCGUACCCCUUCCCCUGUAUAUAACCAGUCUCAUUUAUCAAGCCAUGCUACAACUCAAGAUUCAGUUGAUGUUGAUGUGCAAGCAAUUUCUUCAAGUGUUUCUUCAAUAGAUUUAUCAAACCAGCCAGACUCAGCUACAUGUUCUACUGGUGCUGUGGUGACAGGCAUUCUGAACACAGAUGCUUGCGAGCUAACAUCCAAUCAGGUUUCUCUGUUAAACUUCCAAAGUUUGCAGCAUGCUGAUGAAACCCAAAACCUGUCAGUGGAACCAAGUCCAACAAACAACAAAGAUGCUUUACUGAAGGAUUAUGUAUCAAGAGAUGGGGCUGUAAAUUUGGAGGAGCAUAAAUUGAGGGCCUCUGAUGUUAGAAGGGAAAGACAAGAACAACAACAAUCUUAUGGUAGGAAUAAGCUAAAUCAAUCUUUUACGUCUGACUAUGCUUAUAAACUUCAAGUCACGGGGUCACAAUUUUCUCAAGGCAUAAACAAUUCACAUAGUUACUUGGGAAUGCUUGCGUAUAGUAAUUUACAAUUUUCACCUCUUGGGAUACAAUCGUCAUCGCCUUCUACUGGACUUACUGGUCCCUAUUAUGCAACUCCAACUGCAUUUAUGACUUCAGGAAACCCAUUUUAUCAUGAUAUCCAGCCUUCAGGUUUCCUCCCUCCACAGUAUCGUCUAGGUGGGUAUGCUUUAGGUUCUACAUCUGUUGCCCCAUAUAUGGUUGGAUAUUCUUCACAAGGAGACCCUCUUCCAUUUGAAGCUGCAGGUAGCCAAGACCUGAAUGGUCAAGCUACCAAUGCUCCAUUAGGAGACGGUGUUCCACAUGCUUCUGGUUUUCAAAGUCACAGCAAGAUUUGUGGGCAAUAUGGGUUACCAAUGCAGCCUUCAUAUGCUAAUCCAAUUAAUAUGCGAUAUUUUCCCCACACUUCCAGUGAUGUGUACCCUGCUUUUCAUCAGAGUCAAUUGUCAUCAAGAUCACUGACUGGAGGACUGGCUUGUUCUCUACCUUCCCAUCAAGAUGCAGCUGUUCCUGCCUAUUUAAAUGGUCAUAAAUUUCAAUCUUCAGCACAUGGUAGCUUGACCAUUCCAAGUAACAAAAAUAUGGGGAUCUCUGGUAGUAGUUAUUAUGGGAACUCCAAUAAGGGUGUUGUGAUGCAAUGUCCUCCUUUGUCUUGUGGUGUUUCAAUUUCUCCAUCAUCAUCAAUUGGCAAAAUUAACCCUUUAGGUGGAAAAAUUGAUAAGAAGAUGCCUCAUGUUUCCGUCAGAAAUGCAGGAUUUUCUCCUGGACAGAGAGCAAUUAAGGGUUUUGGUGUAACCAAGCAGCAGUCUUUCCUAGAGGAACUUAAAUCCAUCAAUCACAAGGAGUUCAAACUCUCUCAUUUAGCUGGGCGUGUUGUUGAACUCAGUAUUGACCAACAUGGAAGUCGAUUUAUCCAGCGGAAGCUUGAAAACUGCAGUGCUGAAGAGAAGGCAUCUGUUUUUGAAGAAAUCCUUCCAUAUUCAUCAAAAUUAGUGACGGAUGUGUUUGGCAAUUAUGUAAUUCAGAAGUUUUUUGAGCAUGGAAGCCCUGAUCAGCGAAAAAACCUUGCAGAUCAGCUUUCUGGACAGAUUUUACCAUUAAGUUUGCAGAUGUAUGGCUGUCGUGUUAUCCAGAAGGCCCUUGAAGUUAUUGAAUUAGAUCAGAAGACACUGUUAGUGCAAGAGCUUGAUGGACAUGUCAUGAGAUGUGUACACGAUCAAAAUGGCAAUCAUGUCAUACAAAAAUGUAUAGAAUGCAUUCCUGUGGGCAAAAUCCACUUUAUUAUAUCUGCAUUUCAAGGGCAAGUUCCGGCUCUUUCUGUUCACCCAUAUGGGUGUCGUGUUAUUCAGAGAAUUUUGGAGCAUUGUUCAGAUGAGCAAUGUAUUCAAUUUAUCGUGGAUGAAAUUAUGGAGUCUGCUUGUGUCCUUUCUCAAGAUCAGUACGGCAAUUACGUGACUCAGCACGUACUGAAAAGGGGGAAAAAUGAAAGAGGUCAAAUUAUAAGAAAAUUAGCUGGCAGCAUUGUACAAUUGAGCCAUCAUAAGUAUGCUUCUAAUGUUAUUGAGAAGUGUUUGGAGCAUGGUGAUGCAACUGAACGAGAGGCCAUGAUUGCAGAAAUUAUUGGGCAGCCUGGUGAAGACCAUAAUUUAUUGACAAUGAUGAAGGACCAGUUCGGUAAUUACGUGAUCCAGAAACUUCUUGAUAUAGGCAAUGACCGGCAUCGGGAAAUACUUCUCAAUCAUAUAAGAAAUCAUAUAGAUGCUUUGAAGAAAUACACAUAUGGGAAACACAUUGUUGCUCUUUAUGAACAACUUGUUCGUCCAGCAAGCGAGGCUUAGAUUUGUUCAGUCAGAUAGUUUGAUUGGGUAACUAUAUCGGGAAAAUGAUAACUAAGGACCUCACAAGAAAGUUAAUACCAAAUUAGAAUUUUUAGGAUUUUCAGUGUCAAGAUAUAGGAAAAUGAAUGCUGAAUUUGGAAACUCAAGUUAUGAUAAGAUCCUAAUUUGAUAUUAAUUUUCCUGUGAGGUCUUUAGUUGUCAGUCUCACAUUGUAUCUCAUGCAAGGCUUGAGUGGCAAUGGGCUACUAAACUUGUUAGAGCAAUCAAGGGGAAGAGAAGGAAUUAGAAGCUUUCUAUGGCAUUCUAUGCUGAGAUGCCAGCGCACACACACACACACACACACACACACACAUGUCGUGAAGAAAAUUGAUUUUAAGUGUACUCUAUUUGAUAUCUAUAUUUGGACAUUUAUGUAUAUAAAUAAUCAAUGAUGAUAUGUGCUGCAUAAUAUUGAGGUCACAGGCGUAUCUUUUAUGGAAUUA